AAAAGUAAUCUUAUUUUCAUUAUGUUCUUUAUUAAUAAAGGAGCAUUCCUCUCUUCAAAUGUUCAAUUCGUCUCAAGCCCGUCUUUUUCACUUUCAGAGUUUUUGGCGGGAAAAUCACGUUUGUAAAACUGAAUCCCUAAAAUGAUAAUUCGAAUCGAACUCUUUUUUUAUAAGUAGAAAUUAGAAACAAUCAAGUUAGUGUUCUGAGUAGUGAGAAUGGAGGUUAGUGAAAGCGAGGCCGUGUUUAAUUCUCUGAAUCUGAACCCACAAAUUUUUAUCAACGAAGCCCUAAACGCCGUCGACGAUUUGGUUGAUGAUGCUUUCGAGUUCCACCUCCAACAAGAUUCAACCCUUUUGAAAACAAAGGGCACGGAUAGGUCUCAGGAUCUAAGCAAGGUUAGAUACAGUGCUCAGUUUUUUUGGAUAACCCCUUAUUUAUUUAUUUAUUUUUUAAAUUUCAUUCAGUAUUUAGAUUUCUUGAAAAUGAUUGUUUGGUUGCAUGCUGACUAUUCAGGGCUUUGUGGUCCUUUCAUAAUACUUUUAGGGUGUGGCUUACAUUUGCAGUAUGAUUCAAUCAGCCUUGGAUGCUUAGAUAUGUGGGAGAAGUAUUGCCUUCAUCACUGUUUUGCUGUUCCAGAAGGAUUUUCUUUACCCAAAACCGUGAGUUUUAUUAAUAGGAUCUGGUUAGUCAUUGGCAUAUUGCAGAUAAAGUCUUAGCUAAUGUCAUGCUUGCAUAAUAUUAUUGACUGCAAAGUUCAUUUAAUAAGUUUUUUCUCUAGGGCCUGUAAACAACAAUGAAAUUCACAAACCUUGAUGAUAUAUAUAAUGAAUCAGCAAAUGGUUGAACUUCACUGAUCGCAGUGGUGCCAUACUGUGCCUCAAAACUUAUUGUAACCAAGACAUUACCAAAUCCAUUAAUUCUUUGCCCUAUCGGUAGAGGUGAUUGUCCUCCCAUUAUCGCUGCAUCCCAAAAGUCAUUUCCUAUUAUACUUCUCUUGAUGUUAUUUGGCUUUGGCUGGAAGUUUAUGCAUAUGAAAGUAGUGGCUCUUUGACCUGUGAGAAAAUAUUUUAUUGUCCUAUUGCCACUGAGCUCUGAGACAAGAAGGAAUGAGCAGUCUCUGCUAAUUGCAACCCCUGCUGGUCCUCUAAGAUUC